AUGUGGAAAUUAGUACAAUCGGGACUCUCUGUUGUUGCCGGCACUGCCGAGCCAGAAUAUGGAGCAGAGGCGAUCCAUCCAGUUGGAUUUAAUUUAGAGGAGGGAGACCCAAAAUACAGUGAUUUGACGAUUGAGGACAUGAAGUAUGUCUCUCCUAACCACACCAACGUUGAGACGCAAACGUUCUAUUUUGAGGACGACUCUUAUGCUGGUUUUGCGCAGGUGAUUCAUUCCAAUGUCAUUGGGUUACAUACAACUGCCCAAUUCACAUUCAAGCUUUUCCCCAAGGCGAAUCCCAAAGAUUUUGUUUGGACGUCCACAAAGCUAGAGAACUUUUCCAUUGAGGACGGCACCGACUUCAAGGCCGACGGGUUGACGAUUGUGUUGAAUAAGGACACGGCCGAUGAAUACCAGCUUGACUCCAGUGUCAAUAAGUUGACCGAGGUGCAUCUCACCAUGAAGCGUAUUGGACAGGGCAUCAAGUUCGGUAAGGAUGGCCAAACCCUGUAUGGUACAGACAUUGAUAAUCCUUGGGGGAAUAUGAGACAUGUCUUUUGGCCUAGAUGCCACGUGAAUGGUGAAAUCAUUUUGCGGGAGCUCAAGCCGGGACAAGAUGUUGACUAUUUAGAACCGUCGGAAUUGGAAUAUCUCGAUAAGGAGAAAAUCGAAAUUAAAGAUGGUUUGACUAUGUACGUUAUGGCAUUACAAGGUAUGAAGCCUCAUCAUGCAGCUGCAACUUGGGAUUUCUUGAACUACCAAUCCAAGGAUUAUUCUGUUGUAAUCAUGGAAUUCACAACUCCGCCUUCGUACAAUACAACCAAGGUCUCUGUUUGCAUGACUGUUGAUAAGGAUGGUAAGGUCAUUCUUGCUACUAUGAACAACAAAACUGAGCAUUUGGACUGUGAGAAGGACGAGACUUCUGGUUGGGAGGUUCCAAAGAGAAUCCAAUACACAAUGACCGAUGAUGAUGCUGAAGAGGAAGAGAGAGUCCAAGUUCAAGUCAGGGGUGAUUUGAAAUGCCUAUGUGAGAGAGUCGAUGUUAUGGCGGAGAUUCCUCAGUUUGUCAAGAACAUCGUCAGUGGAGUUGCAGGCACUAAGCCAUAUAUUUUCCAAUUCAGUAAUGAGAUGGAGCUGACCAUCAAAAGAGGCGACAAAGUUGAAGUUGAUGAAAAGGGAUAUGCAUACAGUGAGACGACUUUUAUCACUGCCAUUUAA